AGAACGACACCCUACCAUCCCAUGGGAAAUGGCGUAGUGGAGCGAUUCAACCAAACACUAAUAAAGAUGUUGGGAACUUUGGAGUAUCACCAAAAAGAGGACUGGAAGUCCUAUGUGCCACCUCUUGUUCAAGCAUAUAAUGCUACCAAGCAAGAUACCACAGGGUAUUCCCCUCAUUACCUUAUGUUUGGUUGGCACCCUAAGCUUGCCAUUGAUGCUUAUCUCGGAAUAGAUACAGUUAAGGAGAAGUCAAAGAACAAAGAGAAUUAUGUUGAUAAACUGAAAAAGAGACUAGACUAUGCUUACAAAGUAGCAAGAUCAAAUACAGAAAGGAAUUCUGAAAGAUCAAAAAGACAUUAUGAUUUUAGAGUGAGAAAUUCAAAAUUAGAAAUUGGGGACAGAGUUUUGAUAAGGCUUUUGCACAAAACCGGUAGAAGCAAAUUAUCAGACAAAUGGGAAAGAGAUCCAUAUGUUAUUGUGGACAUGCCCAAUCCAGACAUUCCGGUAUACAAGGUGCAGAAAGAGUCCAGAAAAGGUGCAAUAAGAACUUUACAUAGAAAUUUAAUUUUACCUUUCAUGUCCAUUUCAGAUACUGUAGAUACAGAAUUUCCCAAAGAAUCAGACAGACAACAUAAGAGGAGAGACAGACGUCAAAAGGUGUUAGCAGAAUCAGAGUCGACAUCAUCUGAUUCAAGUGAGGAUGAUGAUGAUGAUUCAGAGUUUACCUAUAUGGUAAAGAAAAGGUCAGGUAAGGAAAAUAUACCCAAGGGUACGCCUAAUACUUCACGUAUUUACCAUGGGAAUGAUUCCAGUGAAUCUUUCGGUGCAACGGGCAAUCAUAAUUUCGAUAUAUCAGGCGCAGAUAAUAUCGACGUUGGUCGUGGAAACUCGAUAACAACACAGUUCGAUUCUUCGACUGUAGAAUCAGAUCAUGGAUUUCCUAUCCAUUCUGUUGAUUUAUCCAGAUCUGGUUUAUCACAUAAUUCUAAUUUGUCUUUACCAAAUAUAGAUGAUGAUGUGUUGCCAGAUACUAAUGUUUUCAUUCCACGCAGGUCUAUUAGAGAGAGAAAUAAACCUGACAGAUACGGAGAAUGGGUAAUGGGGUCCCAGCCAGUUGAAGUUUGGUAUGUCUGACAUAGGGAGAAUGUCACAGAGAGUGUAUAGUUUUAUGUUUAUUAUUUUCAGUCGCUAUAUUGUUUUCAGAAUUGGUGUCCACAUUGAUCUGAAGCAAAAUGUCAGGAGACAUUUUUUCUCCAGACAGGGGAGAAUGUCACAGGAUUAAUUAUUUUAGUUAAUUAGUAAUCAUAUUUGCGUUCAUGUUGUUUUCAUUUCCCAUUGUUCAUUUGUUUACGUUCACACCGCUUCAUUCAUUCAUUCAUAGUAUGACAGUAGUACGAGAGGUUACGUGGUUACGAUUGGCGGGUGGAUCAGUGAAUGAAUGGGUGUGUUAGACUGGUUUUUCGGGUUUGAGUGAGUGAGUGCGCAUGUCCGUUUGCUUAAUCUAACUUUGAGCACGAACUUUAAUUGAGAAUCACGACGCCAUCCAAGACAGACGGUUGAAAUUUUAAACUUCAUAGUUUUUCAACCCGACUAUAUAUUAGUUCAUUUUCCUGUUAUACUUGAUCACCUAGAUGUUCAUGUGGAAAGAUUUACUUGAUUCACAAAUACGACAAUAAAUAUCUAAAGCGUCGUUUCCACAAAAGGCCUUGGAGUUCUUCUUAAUUGUUCCCAAA